UCUGUGUCUUAACUUAUUUGGUUCAGUAGCCAUAUAGUUGCAAUAGGCGUAUGCCUACAUAUUUUAGGCCUACUAACUAUUUAGGAAAAGUAUUAUUUGUUAUUCCACACUAUGUUUUGCAUAUUUUAGACUGCCUGAAUUCAAAAAUGGGAUAUUGUCAAGAGAUCCACGUGCCUAGCUAUUUUUGAACGAAGCUACCAACAAAUUACAGCAUUCCAGAACGACCGUCACAAUGAAACGACGCUCCUCAGGGUCCGCAGAGACUGCAUUUGGAGAACCAGUGUCCGUCUCCCCCUCUCUGGACCAGUGUCUGUCUCCCCCUCUCUGGCCUCAGGGGGAAGGAGCUGGUGGAGUUCUUCUACAACACCAUAGCAGAGUGCUGUGGAACUGGAAUCCUUCAAAUUACGAGGAGACGGACUUCAUCAUUUCCUACUGCUUUGCCAUGAAACUGAACGAGCUGCAGAGUGUCAACGUUGGACUGUUUGUACUUCAGAGUGGUCGGUCCGUCAGCAGAUCAUAUCAUCUCCUGUCUGACCCGGGAAAGCUACGGAACGCACCAUUUCCUGCAGCAGCUGAUGAUCGUGCUGUCCUUCCUGGAGAAGCUGAUGCCUGUGCUGUCCUUCCUGGAGAAGCUGCCCUCACCUGAGCCCUCCGAGCCAAACCUCUACUCCCAGUUUGGCAACAAGAGCACACGCAUGCGCACAGCGUCCGCUAGGGACCUCUCACGCACGCAAGGAUGCACGCUCAUUUCAGUACUAAUAUCCUACCACUCUGCUGCUCUCCUGUGCUUAACAUGUACACCUGGGUGAAGCACACAUUUGAAAUACUUUAACUCUUAAAGUACUGGUAAAAUUCCUGCAGAUCCCUGGGAGUUUUGAUCAUGUCACCUGACCAAAAUUGUAGAAUCAUCGAAAUACAUGAUUUUUCUGUAA